UGGUGAUGCACGCUCGGUGAGAAUGCGAAUUUGGGGCAUGUGCGUGCUGUCCUUAGCCCUCCUCUCCGCCUCCCAGCAGCAGCUGCAAACCUGCCAUCCCAUCUCUGCACAGGACCCCCUCCCAGCCCUGGUGGGGGAGGGUGACAUCACUCUCGGGGGGCUCUUCUCCCUCCAUGACUCAGUGCUGGAACCUGACCUGUCUUUCACCUCUGAGCCUGACCCCACACGCUGUGCCGAGUUUAACUUCAGAACCUUCAGGUGGAUGCAGACCAUGAUUUUUGCCAUAGAAGAGAUCAACAGAGAUGGUCAUCUGCUCUCAAAUGUGACUCUGGGGUACAAGAUCUACGACUCCUGUAGCACACCCUUUCAUGCCCUCCGGGCAGCUAUGAUCCUCUUGAGUCAGCAGGAUGAGGGCAGCACAGAGCCACACUGCAGGGCACAGCUGCCCGUUGUCAUAGGUGACGGUGGCUCCACUCUGUCUCUAGUUGUGGCACGCUUCCUGGGAAUUUUUCAUGUCCCACAGGUGAGCUACUUCUCCAGCUGUGCGUGUCUGAGCAACAAGGAUGAGUUCCCUGCCUUUCUGAGGACUAUGCCCAGUGACUUCUUCCAGGUCGAUGCCCUCGCUCUAUUGGUGCGUCACUUUGGCUGGACCUGGGUGGGCUCGGUAGCCGGGGAUGAUGCCUAUGGCCGUCAGGGGGUCCAGAUUUUCAACACGGAGGUGAAAAAGCUGGAGGCUUGCGUGGCCUUCAAUGAGAUCAUCCCCAAAAAUCAUGAGGCAGUUCGGAUGUCCCGCAUCGUGGAGCGGAUCCGGCUCUCAGGGGCCCGGGUUGUGCUAGUGUUCGCCCUGGAGCAGGAUGCAGGGGCACUGUUCAGGGAGGUGCUGAGACAGAACCUGACAGGAAUCCAGUGGCUGGCCAGUGAGGCCUGGAUCACCGCUGCUGUGCUGUCUAGCCCGCGCUUCCACCCCAUACUGCAGGGCUCGGUGGGGUUCGCCAUCCGCAGGGCCGACAUCACAGGGCUGCAGCCUUUCCUGCUGCGCCUGCACCCUUCCACGUUCGAGGAUGACCCCUUCUUCCCCGAGUUCUGGGAGGAAACAUUUGGGUGCUCCUUAAAAGCAGGCAGGGGUAACAAGCCUCCCUGCACAGGCACAGAGCAGCUUACCAGCACACAGAACAUCUACACCGAUGUCACACAGCUCAGAAUUUCCUACAAUGUUUACAAGGCGGUGUAUGCCAUCGCUCAUGCCCUGGACUCCAUGUUUAAAUGUGAACCAGGCAAGGGCCCUUUCCCUGGCUGGUCUUGUCCUGACACUGCUAAUAUACAACCGUGGCAGCUUCUACACUACUUAAAGCAGGUGAAGUUUACCAGCAAGUUUGGAGAGGAGACAAAGUUUGAUGAGAAUGGUGACCCUGUGGCGAUGUACGAUCUGAUAAACUGGCAGAUCACAGUGAAUGGAACAGUGGAAUUUGUCACCGUGGGUAGAUUUGAUGGCACACUGUCCCUCAGUAAUAAACUAGAAAUUUAUGAGGAAAUCAUUGUCUGGAAUGGACAACAGAAACAAGUCCCUCAGUCUGUCUGCAGCAAGAGCUGCCUCCCUGGAACCCGCAAAGCCAUCAAGCCUCAAUUCCCUGCCUGCUGCUUUGACUGUGUUGCUUGCACAGCUGGGGAAAUCAGUAAUCAGACAGAUGCCAUAGAGUGUCUGAAAUGCCUACCGGAGUUCUGGUCCAACACAAGAAGGGACGAGUGUGUUCCAAAGCAGAUCGAGUACCUGUCAUACAGGGACACGAUGGGCAUCGCUCUGCUCGCCGUGGCCCUACUGGGUGUGUGCUGCACGGUUGUCGUGGCCUUCAUAUUUGUCCGCCACAGGACCACGCCGAUUGUCAGAGCCAACAACUCCGAGCUGAGCUUCCUGAUCCUCUGCUCUCUGGUGCUCUGCUUCCUGUGCGCACUCGCCUUCAUCGGCCAGCCCACCACCUGGUCCUGCAUGCUGCGCCACAGCAUCUUCGGCAUCGCCUUUGUCCUCUGCAUCUCUUGCAUUCUGGGCAAGACCAUUGUGGUGCUUAUUGCCUUCCGGGCCACCCUCCCAGGAAGCAAGGUCAUGCAAUUGUUCAGCCCGAAGCGGCAGAGAGCCAUCAUCUUCUCGUGCACCCUGAUGCAGGUGCUCAUCUGCAGCCUGUGGCUGGCUUUGUCCCCCCCAUCCCCACAGAGGCUGCUGAUGCGUGAGAGCGCUCGCAUCGUCCUCCUGUGUAACGUGGGCUCAGCCCUGGCAUUCUCCCUGGUGUUGGGCUACAUUGGCCUUCUCUCCUGCGUCUGCUUCCUGCUGGCCUUUUUAGCCAGGAAACUCCCAGGAAACUUUAACGAGGCCAAGCUCAUCACCUUCAGCAUGCUCAUCUUCUUCGCCGUCUGGAUCGCGUUCAUCCCCGCCUAUGUCAGCUCCCCGGGGAAGUACACCACGGCCACAGAGAUUUUCGCCAUCUUAGCAUCCAGCUUCGGACUACUGGCCUGUCUGUUUUUUCCCAAAUGUUACAUAAUACUGCUCAAACCAGAGAAAAACACCCGGAAGCAUCUUAUGCCCAAGUCUGAAAAACAUUAUUAAAUGUGUAACUCCUGCAUAUUAAAUAUAGGCUUUUUAUUCAAUAUUGCAACGUUGUGAAAUAUUGACUUUCUCUUACUGAAAUACUGAUUAGUACUGUCACUGUCAUAUUCAAAAAUAAUUUCAUAUAUUUCAGUUUCAGAAUAAAAUGUUUAAAACCCA